AUGACGCAGGAAAUGCCCAAGGCUGCUUUGGUGAGGACAGUCGAGAAGUUGCUUGAACCGGCGACUGGUAAAUCGAUUUGUCUUACGGCAACAGAACUCCUCGCUGUGUGGGACUUCUUCGACAUUGAUCGUGACGGUGCUCUUCUUGCUGAGGAAUAUGAAAUCUUUGUACGCGUCCUUGGAGAAAUUCUCAAGACCGUUUUCCCUAACUACGCCAGGACUUCGCUUCCCGACUUACUUACGGCAGCAAUAACUCCUAGCGCGCCUUACCAAAUCGGAAUUGAUGAGAUAUCGCGCUUACUCAGCGGAGAGGAAAGAUUCCUUUUAGUUUUUCGUAAACUCUCCAACAUCCAAUCAAGCUUCGAUUUCAUGAAGGUUAGUGAGACAGAUUUCGUUCAAGAAAGCUCCAGAUCUGGCGCGAAUUUGACUCUGAUGGCAAUGGAUUUUUGGACAGCAAGGAACUACAGGUAA